AUGGUCAUCAUCAUCAGGAAGCCGGUCGAUCUUACCUCGAUGCCCAUCGGAAUGGCAAGGAUCAUUCAGACGGCACUCAGGAUACAAGCCAGCCCAGGGUCUCGCCGCCUCUUCAGCGCAUCUACCAAGCCUGAUGAUAAGUCGAACUCAAGUACUGAGCCUGAUGAGAAAUCCAAAUCAAGUACUGAGGAUCGGAUAAGUCCUCUUCGAGCCUCUCGCGUCCCUUCUUCCCGUCUGGGCAGAUUAUUUCACUACGGAGGACUGGCCGCAGGAAUCGGUUGGGGGACGGCAUCGGAAGCUCUGAGACGGACGGCCACUGGCCACCAGAAUGAUUCGCAUCCGCUGGCUCUGUCGGAAGCUAACGUCCGGCGCCUCGUCGACAAACUAACCAAGAUGCGAGGCGCUGCUCUCAAGCUCGGCCAGUUCUUGGCCAUCCAAGACGCCAAGAUCUUGCCGCCCCAGAUCGAGGAAGUCCUUGUGAAGGUCCAGUGUACCGCAGACUACAUGCCGUUUGACCAAGCAGGGACUGUUCUGACCCAAGCUCUAGGAAAUGACUGGCUGCAAAAGUUCGAUAGCUUUAAUGAAGUUCCAUUCGCCGCAGCUUCGAUCGGUCAAGUACACGCCGCCCGCGUUGCCGAUGGUGAGAAAGGGUUUAUCAAAGCUGCGGUGAAAGUGCAAUUUCCGGGAGUUUACGAGUCGAUCCAGAGUGAUUUGUCCUAUCUCAGCGUGCUUGCUAGCACCACUUCGAUCCUACCCAAAGGGCUAUUCUUGUCCAAGUCGAUCGAGGUGCUCGGUCAGGAGCUCAAAGAUGAGUGUGAUUAUACCCGGGAGGCUCGUUAUGGGAAACGGAUGGGCGAAUACUUGAAGGACGAUCCCAGGUUCACGGUGCCUAGAGUCUUCGAUCACUUGAGUACUAAAAUGGUCUUGACGACUGAGUUCAUGUCAGGCACCUCCUUGAGACAAGCCGCUAAAUGGUCACAAGCUUUGCGAAAUAAAAUCGGUCACGAUGUCCUCGAACUCUGUUUUAGGGAAAUCUUACACUUCCGUCUCAUGCAAACCGAUCCUAACUGGAGCAACUUCCUCUGGAAUGAAGACACACAGCAAAUCGAAUUGAUCGACUUUGGAGCCACACGAGAAUAUAGUGAAAAGUUCAUAGAUGCGUAUCUAAAGCUGCUCAAAGCUGGAAUCGAUGGUAGUCGUGCGGACUGCAUAGAGGCCUCUAUUGAGCUGGGAUAUCUGACUGGCAAUGAAUGCGAGACAAUGCUAGAUGCACAGUACAAGUCCGUGAAAGCCCUUGGAGAACCGUUUCGGGCGACAAGCCAACAGCCGUACGAUUUCGCCCAACAAACGGUCACCGACCGAGUCCGGGCCGAAAUCCCGACGAUCGUCCGGUUGCGAUUGACGCCACCCCCGAUCGAGACGUACAGCUUGAAUCGCAAGCUUAGUGGGAUGUUCUUGCUUUGUAAUCGUCUAGGCUCCAAGAUUGACUGCCAUACGAUUCUCGACAACCUGAUGCGUGAAAAAUCGGCCGGCUCCUGGGGCCGUCAUCUUUCCGAUGCUCCCACCGCAUCUUGA